AUGCCAAAAUGUGAGCCUCAGUGCUUAUUCGGAGAGCAACAGAAGCAGAUCUCCACCCCAAGUCCUGCCGCAUCAGCCGUUAGCUGCACUGAUGCGUGCAUGCCAGCAUGCAAUCCUCAAUGCGUUUUUCAGCAAGAACUGCUCAUGGGCCACAGGUUAUCGGCUUUAUCCGCUCCCAGUCCAAAUCAAGCACAAUGUUCUCCUGUAUGUAUGCCAUCUUGCUCUUUACCAUGUAUUCAGGAACUAGAGGCACGGAUGAGUCAAAUUCCGGCGCCACUCUACAUACAGCCAGGUGAUGGCCCUCAUUGUAUCAGUCCCUGCAAGCCCGCUUGUAGUCCACAAUGUAUCGAUAAGCACCAAGGAGAAAUUGUCAACUCAGUAUCCAUUGUGUCUUCUUCUGCUAAUGUUAGCCCACCCCAGCUGGAAGAGAAAAGCACGCCACCUCAAGAAGAUCCAGCACCUCUGCCAAAUCCUACCAUAAAACCCGCUGAACCUCAUUGUAUGCCUGCUUGUAUGCCAAACUGUGCUCCUGAAUGCAUCCAAGAACAAGAGCUAAUCGCCAGUCAAAGAACUGCUGCACCUAUUCCGGUUUUCGCAGAGUUAAGCCCAGUUCCUCCUCUUCAGCCAGGAUUUGCUCAAGAACAUGAGAUAGCAAGUGAACUACAAAUUCCAGAAAUUCCAGACUCUACAGCAGAUCCGAUCCCAUAUCAAUCUCAACCACAGUGUAUGCCAGAGUGUAUGCCAGAUUGUGAGCCUCGUUGCAUUUUGGAACAUAGAGUUAUGACAGUGCAAGAAACCCCAACAACUACCACUAUGCCUACUCUUCUAUCAUCUGAGCUACAAUGUAUUCCCGCUUGUAUGCCAAACUGUACGUCAGAAUGCAUAGAAGAACAAGAGAACCUUGCCCAACAAGCGGAUAGUAGCUCAUCGUGUAUUGAAGCUUGCAUGCCAGCAUGCGAUCCCCAAUGCAUCCUAGACAAGCAGCAAUCAUUCCAAGCUGCCAGCAAUGAUCCCUACCCAGAAAUUUCGGAAUCAGUUACCCCAGCCACUCAACAAAAAUGCAUAGAUGCUUGUAUGCCUGACUGUGAACCUCAAUGUAUCCUAGAACAACAGCAAAUCCAUAAACAAGCAGAACCAGCAACAUCUUCAGUACCGAUCCCAGAAAACAAACAUGAUCUUCAAGAGCACACAACCGAUCAGGACUCUACCACUUCCCAGUCACCAAUAUCGACCAUGCCCUUCUGCAUGCAGGAAUGUAUGCCAAACUGCUAUCCCGAAUGCAUUGCCCAACAGUUGCGACUUGAAGGGGAAAAACGAGCAGCAACACCAUCUCCAGCUACUGUCCAACCUCAAACCGAUCUUAGGAAUGGCACAGCUUGCGAAAUCCCGCAGUAUGAGCAGGAACAAGGGUUGAUAGCUAACCCACCACUACGGGUUGAGAUCAUCUUGGAAGAAGACUUUAUCCAG